AUUUUGAUACAUACAGAAAAAUUGGUUGUUGUUGACGACGCGUCUUCGUUCUCUUUGCUUGCCAAUUUGGAGCUUUUCGUUUUCUCCUCUUUGAUCUUCAAUUUCGUUGAGUUUUGAGCUGAAGAUUCUCGACCUGCGAUAGAGUUUUAGAUCGAUAAUCAUGGCUAGCGCUGGAAACAAGAACAUUAACGCGAAAUUGGUGUUACUUGGAGAUGUUGGGGCUGGAAAAUCGAGUCUUGUGUUACGGUUUGUUAAAGAUCAGUUUGUUGAAUUCCAGGAAUCAACCAUAGGUGCAGCUUUUUUCUCACAAACACUAGCCGUGAAUGAUGCCACUGUGAAGUUUGAGAUAUGGGAUACAGCGGGUCAGGAGCGAUACCAUAGUUUGGCUCCAAUGUACUACAGGGGUUCAGCUGCUGCAAUUAUUGUCUUUGAUGUUACGAAUCAGGCCUCGUUUGAGAGAGCAAAGAAAUGGGUUCAGGAACUGCAGGCACAAGGUAAUCCUAAUAUGGUGAUGGCUCUUGCUGGCAACAAAUCUGAUUUAUUAGAUGCAAGAAAGGUGACUGCAGAGGAGGCAGAAACAUAUGCUCAGGAGAACGGUCUUUUCUUCAUGGAAACUUCAGCAAAAACCGCAGCUAAUGUCAAAGAGAUAUUCUAUGAAAUUGGUUAGUUACCAAGAAGGCUACCGCGAGUACAGCCAACAGAAAACCCAAGUGGAAUGGUUCUACCAGACAGGGCCAUGGAUAGGGCAGUGAGUUCAUCUUGUUGUGCUUAGUUAUAUCUAUGUAACAUCAUACAUUUGCCUUAAAAGAGACCUUUUGGUCAGUCACAAUGGAGUUAUAGACUUCUGACGUCUGUGUUUGCAUCUCUUUCCUUUAAUUUGCUUGGAUAUUUAAUUAAAGCCUUGGAAACAAUAAAGGGUUGUACAUGAAAGAAGAUAUAUCUUAUUAACAUUUGAUCUA